GCUGUCCGCAAGGGAGCGUGAUGGUGGUAAAUCAUUUGACACAUUCCGCCUCUUAUUUUCCUUGCUUUCAAACCCGACCGGACGGCUGCCGAUGUGUCUCAAGCCACACCUCAGUCGACCGUGCUGGCACGCCGUCGAUGACCAGGUACGCGAUGGCCAGACUCGUCUUGAUGCUCGACGGAGGGUCCUCCCAUCCAUUUACUUUGCAAGCUGCCUAAAGUCAUCAUGACCUCCUGCAAGGAUCGAUCUCGUCCAGUGUUUGCGAUGAGUGCCACGUUACACAAGCCGUCAAUAUGGUCCAGAGGCGUGGUUUGAGCCAUGAUUUUGUCGGUUUUUGCCAUCCGACUGCCUGUUACUUGACACUGUUUUGGGUGAUCUUUUCAGCUGAUGUUUUGCAUUCGAGAGCUACGGAAAUGAGGCUUCGGACCCCUUUUCACACCCGCUGUUGCUAUGGUCGUCUAUAUAUAACCGACUCUCUUGUCCUGCCACGUCGAAAGAGGUCGUCUCUCACUCAUUCACAAUCCAGUCCACAGUCCUCCACAGCCUCACCACAGUGUUCGUCAACAUGCAAGCCUUGUUCGCCGCAUUCGUCAGCUUCCUGGCCGUGGCUGCUGCCAACCCUUUCUUGGAGCACAGAGGAACGUGCAAUGCGGACAAUUGUGCCAGGGCCGUCACGGGUAGCAAUGCAGGCCAACCUCUCGCCACUCGCCAAGCUGAUUGCUCUGCCUUCUUGAAUCCUGUUCCAACACCGACCGUGCCCAAUUAUGCAUCAGCCUGUGGCAACAAUGCCAGAUAUAGCAGCGCUUGCUCUUGUCUUGGAUACACGGCUCCGACUUACACCUGCAUCAGCCCCGCCCAGGCCAGCUCUAUCGUCAGCACAUUUGCCUCGUUCUUGACGGCUCCUCAAGCACCGGAUUUCAGCUCAAAGGCGAAUGCUCUACUGGCCCCGAACUUCACAGACACCAGUGGAUCCAUCAACUUUCUAGCAGGGAAGAAUCUCAGCGCCCUGACCUUCCCCAGCAAGGCGGCCUUCAUUGGCGGACAAGGCCAGCAGCCUCCCAUUCCAUCUUUGGCCACACUCGAUAUCUUCUUCAGCUGCACCAAGAUUGCUUGGCGAUGGCUGGCACAAGGUAUCGGGUCAGGCCAAUAUGAGGUCAAGGGCAUCGAUACCUUCACCGUCACUCCUCAAGGUCAGAUCAGUGAGGUGUAUGCCGAGUUCAACAGCGCUGCGUGGGAAGCCGAUAUCGGGAACCCCCAAUGUCCGAACGCACGUCACUAAGCAAUGAUGCUAUCAACCGUGCUAUUUGGAUCGUUGGGCAGUGCAUGAUGCCAGCCUCUUGUCGGAAUGGUCAUCCCUGAAUUCUGUCGGGUUGGUGUGAGGCCAAUCUGAGGUCAAGGGAUAAAGGUCUUGCUUGCACGUUGUCUUCUAGUUGAACAAUCUUCUACUUCCAUCUUUCUUAUUAUGAAG